UAAUCAGUGAGUGUUGAUCACUUCAUCAGCAGGACACGUUUGAUCUUUGACCCGCAGCUCUGCACACUGAGUGAGUUCAGGUGUGUUCUGGGGAGAACAUUACACCAGCUGCGAUGGCCAAAGCGGAGUACACGGAGACUGCAGAACCGAACCAGAUCGGACCGGAUUCAGAGUCUGAUUCGGACCCGGAUGACCCUUUGCCCAGUGUGGAUGCAGCAGCGGGAUCCGGAGCGGUCCGGCGGACUCAGGUGAUCCACAGCGGACACUUCAUGGUCUCCUCGCCGCACAGUGACUCUGUGAGAAGGAGAAGCGCAGCUCUUUAUCAGUCUGAUGACUGUGAAUUCGGUACAGUUACCGAACCGGGCUACCAGACCUGCAGUUUCGGUGCAUUGAGCUCCAGACGCCUCAGCAUUGACCCGUCUCUAAGCCGCCUGUUUGAAUGCAUGACACUGGCAUACAGUGGGAAAAUUGUGUCACCAAAGUGGAAGUCUUUCAAAGGCUUGAGGCUGUUGUGGAGGGAUAAAAUCCGUCUGAAUAACGGUAUCUGGAGGGCUUGGUUCAUUCAGUAUGUGGAGAAAAGGAAAAAUCCUGUGUGUGGGUUCGUCACGCCACUGGAGGGUUCGGAGGCGGAUGCCCACGGCAAACCUGAGGCGAUUGUUCUGGAGGGAAGCUACUGGAAGAGACGGAUAGAAGUGGUGAUUAAGGAAUAUCACAAAUGGAGGAUUUACUAUAAGAAAAGACUUCAGAAGAACAAAGACCUGCUGUCCAUGCUGCAAAAGAGGCCUAUCUGUAUGACGGGGCUGGAGAAAUGGACCAAUCAGAUUUAUCCAGAGCCUGAGGCAGCAUCAGAGGAAGUGCACAUGUUUGACUUGGACUGCUUCCUGUCGGAUAUCUCAGACACACUGUUCACCAUGACCCAGAAACCCAGCGUGUGGAGUGAAGACCGGCAAAACACUUACACCAGUAAUGCAGAUAUGAUCCAGCCCGGUUUGACUCCACUGCAGCCCAACUUAGAUGAUCUGAUGGACAUACCCGACAUUUUCAUGAGUUACCGUGGGCAGUCGACAGAUCAUGCGGGUUAUUUUGACUACGGCUUCUUUGAGAGUUCAUCUAGUGCUGUGUAUCCUUCGACUCCUGACCCUGCGCUCACCACAGGACUGAUACAUACUGGACCUCUGAUAACACAGCCCAAUCUCUCAGCUGAAAGUUUACCUCACCCCUCCUCAUCUGCAAAUCUAUCUGGACCCAGUUACCCCCGCCAGACCCUAAACCCUGACAUGACCUUUAACCCCAGUGGUGAAAUUUCAGAACCCAAGUUCAAAGGUCACUCAGAGUAUAUCAGUGAAUUCCAUCACUCUGUGAACCUCUCGUGCGGCAUGACCCCCUACGGACAGCAUGCAUCUUUUAGUGCCCAAGCCACUGGCAUGGCAACCACAGAGAUGCCAGGCGCCAUGGCACAGGAGACACCUUACCCAUACCCAACAGCCUGCCUCAGAAACAGACAUUCAUGCAGCCAAUCACGGACCAACACGGCUGCCACAUCCACCGUUAUCACCCACACGGGUUCUACAGUGACCACCUUGCCAUCGGAUGCCCAUCACGGGAACCGAUACUCCAGCAUGGUAGAGAUGUUUCCUCCUCUAAACUCUUUAGGAUGCCAGCCCUCGACAGUAACCCCGUCUCAGCCCUCGCCCAGCCUCUCUCACUGCUUCUCUGUGCCGCAGCAGGUGGGCAUGGCAACAGUGAGUAGGAAACAAAAAGAACAGACUGGAGGAGCCCAAUUGGUUGGCAUGGUGAUAUCUUCAUCAACAGCUCCACCCACACAGACGAGUUGCCUGGCUAAUCUGCUCUCUUCUAGAUCUCAAGAGCGAAAACCAUCAUUGAAUUUUGACGCUCCUUUAACUGGUUCAAAAGGUCAUAGAGCAGCAUCACCGAUUUCAUCUCCAAACAGCAGCGGUCGAGGGGGAUCUCAGAUUUCCCACAGUUCCCCCUGGGCUUCUAUAUCACUGCCUGCGUUACACUGUCAGACGUCCUUGUCAGGUCACACCCACAGCGGCACAUCACCGGGAAACACAAUCUCCUCUCUCCUAAUGCAACAAACGCCACUUCUGACACCCAAAACAGAGAAGCUAUCCCCUGUACAAGUGAGGACCAGUUUAACAGUUAGUUUUUCAGGAAAGACGGGACAGACAUCCCCGACAAAUCCACCGGAGGAAAACCCAGAGUCAUCACACUUCUUACCCGGACAAGCCAAGAUGGAUUCCACACGAGUAAAAACACAAACAGAUACACGACGGAUCACACACAUCUCUGCCGAGCAGAAGAGACGCUUUAACAUCAAGCUCGGGUUCGAUACGUUGCACAGUCUGGUUAGCACUCUCAGCUCACAGCCCAGUAUAAAGAUCAGUAAGGCCACCACACUGCAGAAGACAGCGGAGUACAUCAGUAAGAUGCAGCAGGAGAGAGCUCAACUCCACGAGGAAGCUCAGAGACUCCGAGAUGAGAUACUAGCACUCAACUCGGCCAUCAAUGUGUGUCAGCAGCAGCUUCCUGCGACGGGUGUCCCAAUAACACGACAGCGUUUUGACCUCAUGAGGGAGAAGUUCAGAGAGUAUGUAAGAGCUCAGACUCUGCAAAACUGGAAGUUCUGGAUUUUCAGUAUCAUCAUUGAGCCUCUGUUUGAAUCGUAUAACGGGAUGGUGUCCACAGCCAGUGUAGAAGAUCUGUGUUGUACCACUCUCUCCUGGCUGGACCAGCACUGCUCUCUGCCCGCGCUCAGACCCACUGUUCUGAGUUCCCUCCGUCUGCUCAGCACCUCCACGUCAAUCCUCACAGACCCCAGUCUGAUUCCUGAACAAGCCAUGCAAGCUGUCACUCAGGGACGUUCUGCCCACAGCUGCAACCAAUGACAACAGACUCCCAAAACGACAGCCAAUCAUAUCCAUCCCACAGCUGCAACCACUGCUGUCUAAAAAAGCAACCCAUCAUACAGUAUAAUUCAUCCCACAGCUGCAGGGUUCCAUAAUGGUUAGGAUGCUGCCAGAGAAGUCAGCUGCCUAGUAGAUAGUGUGGCAGCUAACAGAGCAAAUAACAACAUACUCUCAAUACUGCAACCAAUCAUAUCAUCCACCUGACAGCUGCAACCAUUGUCGACGUACCCCCUUAAAAAGUCUCUCAUAGCCAAUGCAAUGAUAUUACCACUUCUAGACUUGCAACCAAUGACAGUGCUCUCUCUUCCACUGUUUUGUUAGAGUUAUUUGUUUGGUUUGUUCAUUAUUUAUAUUGCAGUUGAGAGAGAAAUAUAAAUGAUGGGUUGAAGAGAGACCGUAUGAUGUGAGCUAGAUUUGAACUCUCAGUGCCCAUAUUUGAGCACCACAGCUCAAUAUAUCAGAUGCUAAAUGCUAGGCAGUGGCUCUAAGAACUUUUGGUUUUGUUUCACUGAGCUUUAUUUAGUUUAGUUUAGUUUAGGACAGUACAGAGCAAGUCUUUUUCACAUGCCGUUAUUUGCCUUUCCGUUUAUACCACAGCAUAUGUUCUCAGGCUGUGCUUUUUAUUUGUUUAAUGUUUUAUAAUUCCUAUAAAAAUAUUAAUGAAUGUGAGUGUGAGACACGUUAUCUAUAAUGUUCUGUGCCUUGUUUACAUAACAACAUGUAAUUUCAGUUUUUAGAGGCUUGAAAAUACUUAACCGGUGUACAUUUUUAGUCCAUUACUCGUUUAAAAUUCAGCAAUAAAUGUGUUUUUACUCCUCUUUUCAGGAAUAACCAAACCCUUUUCAUGUUCUUUUAUUUGCAUGGUGCAUUACUGAAAUUCAGAGGUGUUCAGAAGUCGCAUAAGUGUCCAUUUCUAGUCUUUUGUGAUAAGUCCAGGUCAAGUCUUGCAUCUCUUUUUGGUAAUACUUUUCUAUAUACUGCAGGCUAGUUUAACUGUUGCAGGACACUUCAUUUCACAUAUCUUUAA